AUGAACGAUGGUCCGGUCGCUAAAAAAUGUCGAAUUUGGAAUCCGGCAAUCUCGGAUAGCACUGAAGAAGAAGAAGUGGAGAAACAGCAAAAGCCAUUGGAUUUUUCGGCCGCCAAGAAUAUGCAGAUUUUUCAGGUGGGAAAUUUAGAAAAAUACCUAAAAAUGUGAAAAAAAAACUUUUUUUAAUAUUUCAAAUUGCCUCCACAAAAACUACAAUGCUCCGCUUUUACGAGAUCUUCAAAUUUGCAGGUGUAAAUGCGUAGCUUCGUAGUUUCUUGACAGUGCAGAGUGUCUGCGUCUGUAGCUAAUCACUCUGCGUCUCUAACUCUCUAGUUGUCUAGCUUCUCUGCCCUCUCUCGUUUUCCUAUGCUCUCUAGCUAUCUUGCGCGAAGCGCCCCGGAAGACUUCCGCGUAAGCGGUUCGAGCGGAGCGAGUGUAUCUCCCUCUGCGUCUCUAACCGCCUAGGUAUUUCUAAUUGUCUAGUGUCUCUGCGUCUCUAACCUUCUCCUACUCUCUAGCUUCUCUCCAAAUCCUAUACUCUUCCAGAAUUAUCUUCAACUUGCACCUCUCAUGAUGCGAUUUCAACAACAUCAACAAGAAUUGGCUCGCCGCCAAUUUCUUCUCACCAACUUCCCACCAAUCCAAAUUGCUCCACCACCACCACAACUUCAACCAUCUCCACCCUCACCAGCCACCACAACAUCCACCUCACCGCUCACAAAUCCCAUCGUGGCCAGCACUUUGGGCACGCCGUUGGUCAACGAGAAUUGUUGCGCGGUUUGUGGCGCCAAUUUUCGACUGACCGGCGAUUUAGUGCAACAUAUGAGGAAUAAUCAUAGGAAGAGCAAAUUCAAGAGAAAAUCGGAGAAAUAA